GAUAAAUGGAAGCUGUUCCUGCAUUGUGACUCGGUCUGCAUUGCACAAGGUACCACACGUUUAACUCACGGGGACACAUCAAGAUCAAUAAUUUGAAUUACAUAGCACCUUGGAUUUAAAUUUUGGAUAUUGAUUACUACUCCAAUUUGUCUCAUAUUAGAUACUCUAUAACUAUGCCAGACGACCACAUUCCUGUGCAUGAAGAAUAUGUAUAUUGUUGUGGAGCUGUAACCAAAGUCUUGAAGUUUGGCCCAUGGACUGACCUUCAUGAAACGAAAGGAGCAAACUCACCAAAACUCUUAUUUUUGGUCAUUCCUGGUAACCCAGGUAUUGUUGGGUUUUACAGGACAUUUAUGCAGUCCCUUUAUUAUGGUUUACAUGAAAAAUAUCCAGUUUGGGCAGUCAGCCAUGCUGGUCACUGUGCGCCACCAAGAGGAAUGGACAUGACUUAUGGUGACCAGAUAGAAGACAUCUUUGGGCUUAAUGGACAAAUCGAGCACAAACUUUCAUUUGUAAAGAGGAACGUGCCAGCUGAUAUGAAGCUUGUGUUGAUUGGCCAUUCCAUUGGUUGUUAUAUCAUAUUGGAAAUGAUGAAGGCAACCAAAGAUAUCAAGGUUGUCCAGUCCAUUCUACUGUUUCCAACAAUUGAACGAAUGUCUCAGACGCCCCAAGGCAAAAUCAUGACACCAUUUCUGUGCAGUCUGCGCUACAUUGUAUAUAUGCCGCUUUUCCUGCUCUCCUUUCUACCAGAAAGCUUGAAAGCUGCGGUGGUGAGAUUUGCUAUGUGGGGAAUAAAAUCUGUUGAUGAAUCUUCACUGACUGCAGCACUAGAUCUUUUUAGAAUUGAAUGUACAGCAAAUGCCAUGUAUAUGGGCAGUCAAGAGAUGGUGAUGGUACAGAAGAGAGACAAUGACACUAUCAUGGAACAUUUAAAUAAGCUAAUUUUUUACUAUGGAGCCACAGACAACUGGUGUCCAGUCCAAUAUUAUGAAGACAUCAGGAAGGAGUUUCCUGAAGGCAAUAUCUGGCUUUGUGAGAAAGGAAUCAGACAUGCCUUUGUUCUCGACUCCAGCAAAGAAGUAGCUUCCAUCAUCAUACAGUGGUUAAACGAGAGAUCAAGCUUUUGAAGAGUAAACUGGAUUGCAAAUAUUUUCUAGAUCUGUAACUUUUUAUCAUAUAGUAACUCAGUAUUAUUUAGCUCCAACACUCUAGAUUAUACAGUGACAUUUUUUUAUGUAGUUUUAGAUGUCAUACACAUUGAAUUACAGCUUUUCAGUUCAACACACUUGACUUCCUGCCAUUAAAAUGUUGGCCGCAUAUUAGGACCAAAGUGUCUCUAAAGAAAUAUGCAAGCUAUACAUUCAGUGGACGGCUUUGUGAAGGUGAAUAUAACUUAAAGAAAAAACUAACUAUGUGGGGAAAUGUGCUGCUAACCUCUAUAUUUGUCUAUAAUAUAUACAUUACUAGAUACGAUUUGUAUAAACUAUUCAAAGCUCCAUGAACAUUACAAUUUUAUUUCUGUAGCAAGCAAGUGAAACCUAUCGUUUCAAACAAAAAAAGGCAAAUAUUUUCAGCUACUAAACAUGAAUUUUUAGUUACAAAACCAUGAGGAAACGCUCCAAGGCUUAUCAUAAUCGCUCUGAAGGGGGGUGCUAACAUUGGACAGUAACGUCCGAAAAUACUCAGUACAUUUGAAUUGAGUGGCCAGAAUAGUAAUGAGAGCAUUUCAAUCUAUAAACAUAUCCCUGCAAAUAUUAAAGUGUCAUUACUUUAGAUGUAUUGUUGAAUAUAGUCUAUUGUGGGCUCCAUCCAUUGAAAUUAUUCUACUGGUUUAUUAUCAGAAUUUAGUCAAAUGUAAACAGAGAACAGUUCCCCCAAAACAAUUUUUUAUUUCUGCCAAUAGCUACAGCUGUUGACUCCCACAGCGGGUCACUAAUGUGCUCCAAACGUCAGUGCUUUAGGGAAAAACUCUCCUGUUUUUCAGUUCAACAAAACGUAAUAAAAAAAAAUGUGGACGUCCAACUUGGAAGAAGAAACAUAUUGUAGUGGUUUGUUUCAAAAACCGAACCAAGAGAGAACACCUUAAUAAACAUCAUUGACUUUCA